GAUUAUCAGCGAACCAUCGUACGCCAGCACACGCCAACACGUUGAUACAUCGUAUGCACGCUACAUGUGAGGUAGCUGCUAUUGGCACAGGGUAGUAAUAAGUACACUUCGUCCAUGAUUUAAAUGCAUUUUUGGUGGGGUCUGUCCUACCAGCCUUCCGACUCUUCCAAUCAGUCAUGCUACAGCUGCCGGACCUGCCCAUUUCUCACAACGCGCAGCUCCUUCUUGGUGUUGUCGCUUGUUUUUGGGCGGUAGGAGUCAUUGUUCGGACUUAUCUUCCUAGAUCAAAGAGUCAUUUUCCUCUCCCACCUUCCCCUCCCAAUCGGAGACUUCUGGGACACUUUAUUCCCCCUCGCAACGGAUUUCUCACUGUAGAGAAAUGGUUCGACGAGUACGGUCCUCUGAUUACCGUUCGCGCAGGAACUGAGAACGUCGUUAUUAUCGGCCGUCACAAAGCCGCGGUGGAUAUUAUGGAGAAGCGCGGCACAUUGCUAGCUGAUCGUCCUCGCAUGAGUGCUGCACAAAUGCUUACCGAUGGACUUCUCAUCGCUUUUGCACGUACUGGGGAUAGGUUUCGUCGGAUGCGUAGAGCACUUCAUACACAUCUCCAGCCUAAGGCAGCUGAAGAGUAUCAGACUUUACAGAUGUCAUUCGCGAAGAACACGGUCCUUAACAUUCUUGAUGAUCCACACAACUUCCAGAACCACACGGUAACUUAUGCUGUGACGACGCUUAUGAAAAUCACAUAUGGGAUGACCACACCCACGUCUGCGACUGAUCCUGAAGUCAGAGUGGUUCGCCAGUUCUUGGGGGUAUUUCGUACAGUAUUCCGCCCUGGUACUUACCUGGUGGAUACAAUCCCCUGGCUCGAAUACCUUCCUUGGUACGGCCAAAAAUUAAGACGGGAGUUUGAGAGCGGCCAGAAACUCUUCGCUGGUCAGAUGAACCGCCUGAAACAACAAUUACAGAACAAUGUAGACGUCGGCCCUUCGUUCGGGAAAUAUUUGCUAGAAAAUGAAAAUCUCUAUGGCUUGACAGAGAUGGAGAUGCAUUAUCUUUCUGGCGCCUUCUUUGCAGGUGGAAUCGAUUCGUCUGCUGCAGCAAUAUGCACAGUGCUAAUGGCAGCUGCAUGUUUCCCCGAGGAGCAAGCUAAAGUUCAGGCCGAGCUUGAUGCGGUCAUUGGAAGGCAUCGAGCACCGACCUUUGCUGACCAAAAAUUCCUUCCUUUGUUGGACGCCUUUAUCUCUGAGGCUGAGAGAUGGCGACCCCUGGGCCCUAAUGGAUUUCCUCAUCGGACGACUGGGGACGUAGUUUGGGAAAACUAUUGCAUUCCCGCCGGGACCACUGUACUCGGCAGCCAUUGGGCUAUCUCGCGAGAUCCAGAAGUCUACCCUGAACCUCACGCAUUCAGGCCUCAGCGUUGGAUUAACGAGCAAGGUCGCCUGAGAGACGAUCUCACAUACUUUUUCUACGGAUUUGGUCGGCGCGUUUGCCCCGGACGACACCUUGCGGACAGAUCGGUGUUCAUAAACUCGCUCCUUAUUCUUUGGGCCUUCCAGCUCACUCUGGAUCCUACAAAACCGUUGGAUGACGUGGGAUUCAUGCGUGCGGCGAUGCCAGAUGUCCAGUGCCCUAUCGAAUUUAAGCUGAGGGUUCCGGACGCGGAGCUCAGGUGUAUGAUGCAGAAUUAUCCUGGGGUUGAAUGAGAAGCUUCGACGCCUAGGUGGCAUCAACGAACAAUUGGAACGAAUCACUAUUUCGUUCAUCCAUCUAGCCCUCGCAGUAUGUCUAUUUUUAGCUUGGUUACGAGCUCCAGUUGUGUAAUAAC